UUGAAAGCAGUUCUGUUGCCAGGCUUCAUAAUGCUCCUCCUGACACUUAUGUCUGUUGUUUAUUUUGUAUACUACCUGAAGCCUGCACACGUUUCACAUAAAUCUAGGAACCAUCUUCAAAAACUAUGAGCCAUGAUAACAAACAAAGUAUUUUAGGUGAGAAAGUUGCUCGUUUUAUUAAUAAAGGGACAGUUGAAACAUGUGAUUGACAGUUCCUGUCAGCCGAAGGAAAGUGUUACAUGCCAUUCAUAGGAUAUGGAAAGAUGGAAACACAGUGUAGAGAUAGAAAGAAUGGGAAAAGAAUACAACAGAAAGGAUGAAAGGACAUAGAGAGACAAAAGGUGUAAAGACACUGUAGAGUGAAUAGAAGGGAACUGUCAUGUUGCAAAGGAGAAGAAGGAAGGAAGGGGGAGAUGACUGAUGAUUGGGGAAUGGGGGUAAAUUAAAGUUAUCGGAAAGCAGCAUGGAAGAAAGAGAAGGAGAUAAAUAUGCAAAAGGCAUAAGAGAAAGAAAUGAGAGAACAGGUGGUAAUAAUAUAAUAGGAAGAAAAUUUUAAGCACCAUGGUUAACUCUUUUGUGGAAAUUGUACAGACCUGUACUGACCCAUUUUGUAAAAGGGGUGAGUUCCUUGAAAAUCAUUCAUUCAACAAUUUACUAUACCAUGCCAUAGCUCAGACAGUUAGAAGCUGGCUUCUCACUGUGGAGGUCUGGGUUCAGUCCUAGGGGACCGAUGUGAACUUCACCCAACUUUUCUCACAAUUCUCCCUGCUAAUCAUCCAUCACUGCCCCCUGAGGUGUGCCAUAGUCCUGAUCAGGCAGCGCAUUAUCACAUCCUCAGUUUUUAAGUUAGGGGCUUUAUCUCUGGCCUGGCACUUGUCUUGCUGCAGGCUGGGGGAGUUUGCUAAUGAGAGAUGAUACACAAAACAUACAAAACUAACUUGUGCACAUUUGUGUAUGUGUUUAUUUACAAUAUUAACGUGAACAGUAACUCAUUUGAGAUUUGAGGUUUCACAGCAGCAAUUGUUAAGGUGGGGUCUUCUGAGAUGUGACAGCAUUCAUUCUGAUAUUUACAUGGCAUUAAGACCCCAGAAGUCUACCAUCUUCGUGACUGAUUUAUACAUAUCUUGGCAGAGUAACUUCUUGGAAGACUCAGACUCAGGUGUGAAUGAAAGGGAAUUGCCCAUGUUGCUUCCAGAGAUUGCCGAAAAGAACGCGGAGGAGCUCGUUGCUGAGGAGGAGCGUGAGAAACGGAAAGUGGAAAAAAGGAAAGCAAAAAAGAAGAGGAGAAGAGAAAAGAAAAAAGAGGAAAAAGAAAUAAAUUGUGCCAAUAGUAAAAGUAAAAAUAAUAGUAACGGUAAUAUCAGUAAAAAGGAGAAUGUAUCACAGUCCAGUAAAAAGAUGACAAAUAAAAAUAGCAAAAGUAAAUUGAACGGAGACAGUUUUUCUGCGCAGCCAACGGAUGAACGCGAAGAGGAAGAAGAGGAUUUUCUAGAUCCAAACUCUGCCUUUGUGUCUGUUGCCGUUAGCAAAAACAAGCGAAGUUGCAACACGACUGCUAUUAGUCACAUGGACCGCAGCCAACGAACCAGUAACGCUAGGAAACCUCCAGAUGCAGAAGAUUUGGCUGUAACGGAGAGUGAGAGGUUGGCCGUGGAGGGUUACAACGCAGCAAGCAGAGAGGAGUACACCGAGGCUGUGGACUACUUUACGAAAGCAAUACGUUUUGUGCAUAAUGACCAUAGGUUCUAUGGGAACCGCAGCUUCUGCUAUUGCCAACUGGGACAGUAUACCAAAGCACUCAAGGAUGCAGACAAAGCAAUAAUGUUUGCCCCACAGAACCCUAAGGGUUAUUACAGAAGAGGGGAAGCUCUUCGUGGGUUGAAGCAAUACAAGCAAGCGGAAGAAGCGUUUGAACGCGUUGUCCAGUUGGAUGAGGACUGUGAUGAUGCAAAGCAGGAACUGGAAACUGUGAAGAUCCAGCAGCUUGUGGAGAUGGGCUUUGUGGAGGAUCAGGCGUUCGCUGCCGUACAGCAGUAUGGCACUGUUCAGGCGGCUGUGGAGGUGCUGACAGCUGAGAGCCCAGCAGCUUCUUUUAACAGUAGUGGCUGCGAGAUCUACUACUCAGACGAAGAAGAGGAGAACUUUGUCUCUUCAUCUGCAGCUGCAUCACAAACUCCGCAAGUCAUCGGCAAAACAGCAAAAAAGAUGGAUCCUACGAAUCCAGAAGGCCAUUUAUCUCUUUGGGUUGGCAAUAUCACUCAGAGUGUAUCAGAAAAACAACUUAUAGAAAUGUUCUCAAGGUUUGGUGUUGUACUAAGUGUGCGUCUCCUACCUGAGAAGUUUUGCGCGUUUAUCAACUUCCGGGAUAAGUCGGCGCCAGGCCCUGCUAUGAAGCAUCUUCAGGGGAAGAACAUGGGAGGGGAGCGCCUACUAAUCCGCUACCCAAACAACCCAGUUCCUGAGCAGAUCGUCCUCAAGAGGACAGUGCCUACAGGCAUGAAUCAAGCGAAGCUCACGGGUCCAGUGAAUGGAGAUGAAUGCCAUUUCUGGCGGACAACAGGAUGUGCGUUUGGCAAUAAAUGUCGCUACAAACAUAUGAAGGAAAACAAAGGCAUCGACAGGAAACCAUGGCAGAAGACUGUUUAGCCAUUCCGCUGAAACUUUGCAAUGGUAGCGUGGACUGCGUGUGUGUAAGAAUGGUAUCUCGCAAGGUGAAGAUAAGCUAUGAGAGUGAGAUGGCUUGUUGCGUGUAGCGUUGUGUGGAGUUUCAUAGAGCAGACCAAGAUGCAGAAAGUCUUUGUUGUCGCUUGGGAAGGGGAAGCCUGAGGUGCGUCCUCAUGCUGACUGAGCGUAUGGAAUAUGGCAGUCAAUGUGGGAGUUUGAUCAUUAAUAUGCCAGUGCAGACAUUCUCCUUUCAUGUGUCACUAUUAGAUUUUCAAGGUAGUUUCAUCUCUGAAUUAUACCUUGUUCAUACUUGAUAGUGCCAAUACAGUGACUGGGAUACAUGAUAGAUGAUGGAAGAUCAAGAUUCACUUCCAAGGGAUGAUGGGUUCUGGUGUUUGCCCAGCCUCCUGUCCAGUGAAUAAAGUAGCUGAGGCAUGAAUAUGAUCAUAACCAUCUGAUAUUGAUGUUAUGAAUGCCUCAAGUUAUACCUCCAGUUCCCCAUACAUCUUUAUUGGGUGGUGCUUAUUCAGAGGGACAACUGUACUUUCUUCACAGAUGAUGGUAUAGUCACCAAAAGCUAGUAUUUAUAUUUAUAUUUAUAUUCCGUCACCUGAUGAGGUAUGAUGAAAGGUAAAGUUGUCCACAUUCUUAAUUAAGAACACUCCAUGAAGAUUUAUGAGGGAGUGGAGGUGUAGCUCCAUGCAUUUUUAGGCUUGCCAGUAGAUUGAGGUGAGCAGUGAGAUUCAUGCCUUGGCUAUUUACCCCAGGGAAACAGUGCCAAGAACCCAUUGAAUAGGAGGCUGAGUGGGCCCCAGAGCUGCUCUGGGUACUGUGGAGAAAAGAAAAUCUCUUGCCUCUGCCAGGAACUGAACCCUGGUGCCUCUUUUGUCCAGCUUGUAGCUUAGUUACUGUAUUAUCUGACACCUAUACAUACAUCUUUAGUUCUUCAAUGGAGAAAAGGGUUGUAAAUGGGAAAUAAUUUUAAUUAAUCAUGAAAAACUUGGAAAACCGAAGGUCUGUUGAUCAUUACUGUGCGGCUCUGAUUUGUUAGUUUUGUAUUGUUAAUGGCGUAAUGUGGGGAGACUGUAUUGCAGCUGUGGCUUUCUUAUUUAUUCUUAUUCAGAAUUGUCAUAAUUAUCAGUACUUCCAUGGGAGGACUUCCCAGUCAGCCAUCCUUAACCCUCUCAGCUACCUUGAAAUGCAUGUCACACCAAAUUUACUGUAGUCCAAACAUGAUAGACUGAGUGAACAUUAUAAUGAGAACCUCACUGUCGUGAGAAAAGUCGUCAGCACCGUGUAUGUAUAAUGUUAUGAUGCAUGCAGAUUGAACCCCAUUCUGUCGAUCAUCAGCAUCUCUUCUGGGGGAAGCCGGGGACAAGCACCAACCCUACCUUACUCUUUCAUUCCUUGAAAUGUAUCCUGCUUAUAUGAUACAGAUUUUUUAAACUUUGCUUUGUCUUUUUUAAAUGUGUUGGCACAUAUCCUUUUGUAAAAAUGUGUCAUAGUUUUCUUUAUUUGAAAUAUUGUGAGCCUUCUCAUAGUCUGUUAGUGGAAUAUACUCUGAAGGUUAAAUUCUCUUCCCUUUUCAAUAAUUUAUUGGAGUAUGGAAUCUCUUCCCUCUGUAGAACCUUGUGGUCUGAACAUGUUUCGCUAUAUUGGGUGCAGUUGUAAGUAAAUGUACCUAGCAGUUUUGAUGUAUUUUACAGUGAUACGAUACUUCUAUAUGAUUUGUUACAGUUAUUUUUUUUUUUUUUGUGGAUACAGGUAUGUCUAAUUCCGUUUCCCCUUUUUUGGGUAUUUUGCCUGACAUUAUUGAAAAGUUAAACAAUUUCUCUUUUAAUGGGUGUCUUCCUUAUUUAAAAUAUUGUAAAUUUAAAUUUUCCCAUCUUGGACUUUUCUCUCUUUUAGCUGCUUCUAGUACAUUACCCAUCUCUUCCAAUGUUAAACUAUCCUCAUUUUCCGAGAUUCUGCUGUGUCCAGUCCAAUGAAGUUCCAAUUUAGUGUCCUCCCAUUUAACGGAUGCUUCUUUUGCUCCUAGCUGAAGCCCAAUGUAAACAAGAAGUUCUGGGGAGAGGUAAUUGCCUGCCCACUGAGCUAUCCCAGCUACUAAUCAGGCCUGCACUCAGUUAUUGGGGUCUGAUAGACCCUCAUGGUCCUAGUGCCAGUGGCAAGUCUGACAUGCCCUGUGCCAUUACAUAAUUUAUAUUAGGUAUGAGAUUAUCCUCUGGGAUGUGAUGCCGUGUAGUCUGGUAAAAGUUUGUUGACAUUUUUGAGGGAGCUUGUGUUGAUCUUUGGGGUCAACAGCUAAGCCAAGCGACGGGCCAGCUGCUUUGUUUCUAAAACAUUUUCUCAAGUCCAUGGCUUGUAUAUUCAGUGAAAUCCUGAUUAUGAUUGGUCCUUCAAGGGCUUUAUGUAAUAUGUGAGAAUGAAUUAGUGGAGGCGUUGUCUCAGGAAACUGCAGCUAGAGAUGGGAAGUGUCAAAGUUUGCCAUUGGAUUUUUCAGCACAGAUUUCUCCAGUAGUUCAUAAAUACAUAUACAACAGUCCAUAUACAAACCCCCAAGAAUACUUAAUUCCCCAUUGCUGCAUGUCCUAUAUUGGAAAUGCAGAGGCUUGUCUGUUGCCAUGUGGAAACUCCUUUGUCUGAAAUAUUCAUAAACUAUCCCAUCUCAGUGUGAUGUGACACAAAUAUCAGCAAACCACUGUGAAAGCAUAGGGUCACAGAUUAGUUAACCAUGUAUUUAAAACCCUUUAAUGCUUCUGAUGAUAAGUUCUCGUGAAGGUUUCAUCAAAACUGUGCUCUGGACUUAUUGAAAUGGAAUUAAUCCAAGUUGCAAAUCAUGGUCUAGAAGUGUGGUUAUGUGGAAAUGCAACUGCAUGACCUGGCAGUACAAACAGAACUGUACUCCAUGUCUUUUUUCCAUGGUGAAAGUAUAGAUUUUGGAUGCCUACUGAAGCAGUGAAUCUAGCCCCUUUCCCAGUGUGUGGAUACAAAAGUAAGAAACACCGUAAUGUGUAAGCUACAUUAUGCAUACAGCUGAUUGCAAAGAAGACAUUCUUGAUUUUGUUGAAUGGUGAAGGAACAAUAUAUGUUGCUCAUAUUCCAGUUCUCUAGUGCUUUGGAGUUGGAUAUUGGCCGCAAUGAAUAUUUCCUUCUCUACUUUAUGUGUACUCAGAUGUGCACGGCAGUUCCUUGAGGAACAAAAUGUUGCCCAAAUAAAAGAUUCCAGCUACAGCAGAAAUGUGACACUACAUGUACUUUGUUUAAAAUAAUCAUACGCUCCUGAUCUAUUGACUGGACAUGGGGUUUGGAUAGGAAAUUUGAUUUAUUUAACACUUCAAAAUUGUAACUACUUCUCACCAUAGUGCUUUUACUAAUUCACACACUCAGUUUCUCACUGUGGCACACUGUGGUAACAGAUCCCUUCUUCUCAUGUCAUUACAGGCUGGUGACAACCUCACAACUAACUAACUCAGUUGUUGACUUUCAGCUGCUACAACUGGCCUUCACAGGUCCUUGCUAUAUAGCCUCAGAUUGGACAUAACAGAAAACACAGUUUUCAGCAGUUCUUCCCUUGUUGCAUAUGUUACUGCUGCCAUGGUUGUGUUGUUUACCAGCUCUUGCAUAGCAACAGAUCCCUGUUUAAUGGCAUCAUCACAUGUUCACUGUGGCGUAACCUAGCAAGAGACAAUUUCUUCUGGUUUUCAUGCCACAAUACCUUAAAUUGGCAGCUGCAUGGGAGAGAUCUCCUGUUUGCUCAACAAGAUCUCCUGUAUUGUAAUUCUGAUUCCCAAUGUAUGUUGAAAGUAGAAUCUAGUGCUUUCUUACAAUGACAUGGUGAUGUCACUAUCUGGUGAUGAGGAACCCUCGGAUGUGUUUGAGAUACAUGUAGAUACAUUUUAUACAAGGAAGGGUGGGGGAGGUGUUAUGUGAUGUAUAAUGUAAAAGGCAAUUAAUUACACAGUGAAGAGCUUUGUUACUUGCAUGCUUCACCCAAACAUUGUCAAUGUGAUAGACCUCUGUAUUUGUACCAUAGGGAAUGUAAAUCCCCCAUACAGAAUGCAUGAUCUGGGACACUUCUGUUGCUAGGCUAGUUAUGCUGUGCACAUUCACCAUCACAGCAGAGAUACACAAAGGAUGAGGUUGAGAAGGAUGGGGCAUGUAGCAUGCAUGGGAGAUGGGAAAUAUAUACAAAAUUAUUACAGAUAUGUUUUUGGACAUUAACCAUCAUUGUGUCUUUAUCGAAAACUGUCUUGAUUAUUUUUCAAAACGCAGUUUUUCAGAAACUGGAUUCUGUCUCCGUCUUCAGGUAAAAGCUACUC